UCGGGCCCCGAACCCAUUUGCGUUUCACCAUGACCGCACUUAUCAUCGCCGCGAGCAACUACGAGCUGCAUUCUCCAGUUCGUCAGAUUCACAGUAUGGAGAGCAGCUGAUCAGACCGUUACUUUUCACCGGACCAUUAUUUUUAUUCUCGAGCACUACCCCAUUAAAUUUUCCAUGUUCGAAGUGCUAGACUUCAGAAACUAGUUGAACUGUUAGUUUUUGUAACUUUUUCUGUAGUAGCACUGAAACCUUCACAGGCUUUGUUUUGUUUUUAGAUACUUCUUCAAUAGUGUUGUUCCUCUCAAGGAUGCGCAAAAGGAUGGCCCAUUUUCAGAAUCAGAAGAGGAGCCUUUUGAAUGUGCUCUACGUGUAUUUGUCUGUUUCUGUAGUUCACUCCUACAACAUUGACUUAGAACAUCCUAUUGUGUUCCGUGGACCUGACUCGAGUUUCUUUGGAUAUUCUGUUCUGGAGCACUAUCAUGACAAUACGCGCUGGGUGCUGGUAGGGGCCCCAAAGGCCAACUCUUCCCACAGCAGCUCUGUUCACACCCCUGGAGCCGUGUUCAAGUGCCGUGUCCACAGCAACCCAGAGAGACACUGCACUGAGAUGGACCUAGGCAGAGGGAACAAGCCCAGGGAGUCUUGUGGGAAGACGUGCCAGGGAGACAGGGAUGAUGAGUGGAUGGGGGUCAGCCUCGCCCGGCAGGACAAAUCCAAUGGGAAAAUACUGGCCUGUGCCCACCGUUGGAAGAACGUCUACUAUGACUCUGAGCUCAUCCUUCCCCAUGGUUACUGUUCCAUCAUCCCUCCUACGCUACAGGGCCGGACCCAAGCCCUGAUCCCCUGCUAUGAAGACUAUAAGCAGAAGUAUGGGGAAGAGCACGGCUCGUGCCAAGCGGGGAUAGCGGGCGUUUUUACUGAGGAGCUGGUGGUGAUGGGAGCUCCAGGAUCAUACUACUGGACAGGAACAGUCAAGGUCUACAACCUGACCUCCAACACCUUCUACAACCCCAACAAAGAAGAAGUCGACUCACACAGAUACAGCUAUCUAGGCUAUGCUGUGACUGCUGGACACUUCUCCUCUCCUAACUUCAUAGAUGUGGCUGCAGGAGCUCCACAACACAGUGGAGGAGGAAAAGUUUACAUUUUCAGAAUAGAUGGUGGGUCUUUGGUGAAGAUCUUUCAAGCCUCAGGGAAAAUGAUGGGCUCUUACUUUGGCUCCUCAUUGUGUGCAGUUGACCUGAACCGGGACGGCCUGUCGGACCUGCUGGUUGGAGCGCCCAUGCAUAGCACGCUACGGGAUGAGGGACAGGUCUCUGUCUACCUCAGCAAGGGCAAUGGGGUGAUGGAGCAGGCUGAACUCUUAAAUGGAGAUGAUGCCUACAAUGCACACUUCGGAGAGUGCAUCACUGCAAUCGGAGACAUCGAUGAUGAUGGGUACCAAGAUGUGGCCAUAGGAGCACCCAAAGAGGAUGACUACGGUGGAGCAGUCUACAUUUACCAUGGCGAUGCCACAGGAAUUGUCAACAAAUAUUCUAUGAGGCUGUCUGGACGGAGUGUAAACCCCGCCUUCCAGAUGUUCGGCCAAUCAAUAUCUGGCAAUGUGGACAUGGACGACAAUGGAUAUCUAGAUAUUACCAUUGGUGCUUUUAUGGCUGAUAGUGUGGUGUUAUUGAGGUCCCGGCCGGUGAUCACUGUGGACGUGUCCAUCUACCUGCCUGUCUCCAUCAACAUCUCUGUGCCUCAGUGUCACGAGGGACCACAGCACCUCAACUGUUUCAACGCUACAGUCUGCCUGCUCUUCAGAGGAAAACACCUGCCUGGACAGAUAGAGUUGCUGUAUAACCUGACAGCUGAUGUGGAUAAGAGACAGAGGAGCCAGCCUUCUAGAGUGUACUUGGUUCAGAACGGAGCCCAGAUGAGCUCUGUGAGCAACGAACUCAGUCUGAACAUCAACACAGUGGAGUGCCAACAAUACACUGCAUACGUUAAGAAGGACGUGAAAGACGUGUUCACAGCCAUCACCUUUGAAGUGGCCUACACCCUGGGGAAGCAUGUGGUGGAUGGACAUCUUGACAAUGACCUGCCUGCUCUCACACCUGUACUGCGCUGGAAGAAAGGAGACAAGAUAGCAGCAAAGAAUGAGACAUGGUUCGAGAAGAACUGCCUGUCUGAUGACUGUGCUGCUGACCUGAGACUCCAUGGGAAACUGCUGCUUUCUGGGCUCCAUGUCCAUCCCCACCUUGCCCUAGGAGGAGUGAGGAACGUCUCUCUGAACGUGACCAUCUCCAACGCAGGGGACGAUGCCUACGACACCAACAUCUACUUCACCUUCUCCAGAGAGGUCUUCUAUAUCAACUACUGGCAGAGGGAAGAGAAGGGUAUUUCCUGUGGUCUUGUUGAUUUAGACUUCCUCAAAUGCAGCGUGGGAUUUCCCUUCAUGAGAGCACAGACUAAGUAUCAUCUUGCAGUGAUCUUCGACACAAGCCGGCUUUCAGGGGAAAAUGAGACAUUGCAGUUUGUAGUUCAUGCAAAAAGUGCCAACCCUGAACAUAAACUGUUGGACAACACCUUGGAUCUAUCUAUCCCGCUGGUUCAUGAGGUAGACACAACUAUCACUGGUGUGGUGAACCCAACGUCCUUUGAGUAUGGGAACUCCAUCGCUGCCUCUCGCUUCGUCCAGCUGGAGGACAUGGAGUGUAACUUCCAGCCACUCAACUUUACCUUUCAGGUGAUCAACAACGGCCCCAGCAGGCUCCCUGGCUCCAUAGUGGACAUCAGGAUCCCCAACCGGCUGGCUGGCAAUGGGGCCGACAUGUUCCUCAUCAUGGACUCACAGGUGGCGGAGGGGCGAGGGAACUGCACCCCCCACAGGAACCCCCAGCCCUGUACCAUCCCCCAGGACAGAGAGAAUAUCUUCCACACCAUCUUCGCCUUCUUCACCAAGUCUGGCCGCAGGGUCCUGGAUUGUGACCGGCCAGGGAGAGCAUGUUUAACCAUCUCAUGUACUCUGGGCUCCCAGACCAAAGAGGAUGCUAUCAGUAUAGAUGUGAAACUUCUACUAAACACAGAGAUACUGAAUCGGGACAGCUCGUCGCUGAUCCAGUUCGUGACAAGGGGUAACGUGAGAGUGGACGGGAGGGCCAUGGAGGUACCAGAGGGCCUAUCAGAAGACACUUCACUGGUGUUCGAGGCGCUCCACAGCCAGGAGCCAAGGGGCUAUGUUGUUGGUUGGAUCAUUGCCAUCAGCCUACUGGUGGGAAUACUCAUCUUCCUACUGCUGGCUGUGCUGCUCUGGAAGAUGGGUUUCUUCCGCCGGCGCUACCGGGAAAUCAUCGAGGCUGAGAAAAACAGGAAGGACAGUGACGAGAGCUGGGAUUGGGUGGAAAAGAACCACUGAGACAGAGAAGCCAAUGAGAGCGCAGGAAUUGGGGAUUGGGUCAAUGGAGGAUCCAAUGAGCUGGGGGCUUUCACCACAGCCAGCCAAUCAGGACUAAGGGCCCUUCAAUCUUCCAUAUGUGGAAGAGAAAAAAAUAUUCUCCGGAUUGUUCGGAGGGAGACUUGACAUUUUGGUGGGUGGGGGACUGGGGAUUGAGGAAACAAACGAACAGACAUCUGAGGUGAUGGUUGGUGUGGCUUGCUAGGGUCGUAUUCAUUAGGACCCUAAUUCAGUGCAACAGAAAAUGGAAAUUAGCAUUUCUUAAUUGACAAGCCCAAUGUUUGUUUUCUUCUGUUUGGUGCCAAAUGAAAACAACACUCACAAUAUAAUUUAAUUAGUCCCUAUGGAGCUUAUGGAGAUAACUUCCUGACAGUCAAAUCUAUGGAGGUAACUCCCUGCCAACAGAAAAGAACAGAAUGGAACUGUUAAAGAAGGGGCCUGUUCAGAAGGCUGUAACAUAGAUAGAAAUGUAUCGUGCAGAACAGAAAUGAUUGUCAUAUAUCCGAAUAGGGAAUUGCAUCAGCUCUAUUCAUUCUAUUUCUAUCUGCAACGUUCAGAGUGUUUCACCUCCCUGAAUUCACCCAAGGAGAUUGAUGUCCUGUGACAGGAAGUGGAAAUGACAGAUAUUAUCAGACAAGACCAUGAAAACCCUCAGGGCUCUGUUUUAAUAGUAGCAAAAAUUUAUUUUUAUACAUAUUAAAGCCAUAUUGUAUUAAAUUGGGGCUUCGAGAAAGGGUUGGUUGGGGUUUUUGAAGUCUAAUGUAAGCAUAUCUAUAUGUUUUUCUUUAAAGCACUGAUGUCCGAGUUGAUAAGAAGAGUUGAUGCUAUGUUUCCAAAGUUGAUCCUUUCGUUUUGAGGCCAAAGAUAAUCUAUAGUAUAGUAUAUGAGUAUAGUAUAUAAUUCUGUACUGUUUCCUGCUCACAAAUAUCUCUUGAAUAUCUCACACAUAUCCUUCUCCCUUAGAUAGCUAUAUGGGCAACCAGCCAAAGCAAGUCCUAUGGAAGCCCAUAGAAAUAUAACUAUUAGAGCGGACAUUCCCAUUCAAGUCAACAUUCUAUUUCUAUGUGUAGUCCUUCCCUUCACCAUAAACAGAGCUAUAUUUUUGGCACACAUCGAAGUUGUCAUUGUCAUGAAGAAAUGCUGAUAACCAAGCAAAAGAGUUCUAAUAAGUUUUUAAUUGAUUGUAUAUGUAACGCUUUUCCAGACCCUCAAAGCGCUUUAUAUAGUAAAGAGGAAACUCAUCUCAUCAACUACCAAGUAACCCAUGGUCCAGAUGCAGACAUCACCAACACCACUGUAGCUAGAGCAUUUCAUUUACAGUUAGAGCUCUAUUCAGUCUGUAUGACUGAAGCAUUACAGAUUGCGUGCUAGAAAUGUAAAGCCGGCAUGCCGUGGUUACCGUGAAUGCCGUGGUUACCGUGAAUGCCGUGGUUACCGUGAAUGCCGUGGUUACCGUGAAUGCCGUGGUUACCGUGAAUGCCGUGAUUACCGUGAAUGCCGUCUCCGCUAACGAGGAAACAUUGUCUUUACAUUUCAAUCACGCUGUAACGGGGAACUUCCGCGAUACAGAUUGAAUAGAGCCCUUAAUUUGGCACAUUUCACAAAGUGUGGUCUUUUCAAACUGAAAGUUUAAAAUGUGAGUAAGGCAGAAGAGACAGUGGAUGGAGGAGUGGAUAGAUGGCAUAAACAGAUAGACUCAUCAUUUUUAGCUCAAAGAAGCAUUCCACUUGUCGCCACUAAGUUAAUAAUCUCUCCAGUGUUGUGUGCCAGAGGAGUAGUCCAUCAAUUAGAUGAUAGUCUGGAAAAUUUCACAAAUCAUGGUAUUUAAAAAAACAAAAUUCAACUGUAUCCUCUCAUAUGAGUGGAAAGGUUUACAUUAUACCUUUAAAUUGACAUUAUACCUAUGUAACUACAUGGAAAGAACUGUAUAAACAACAUUGUAGUUACAGUAGUGAUAGAGUAUUGGCAUAGGGCUAUGCAUUAGAUGCAAAUUAGAACAUUUUGGUUUACAGUUAAAAUGUGUAAUUUAACCCGCAUCCCGCCAAUCUUUUGAAGCUACAAGAAAUGUUGUAAAGAAGAAGUGGAAUAUAGGCUACAUUCUUUGAGAAUCAAGUGUCAAAAGCUGUUUUGGCAAAGAGCUAUCGCUCAGAUAUCCACAUAAUCAAUCACAAGCAUAGCCUGUUUCAAAAAGUUUUUCAAUUUCAGUAAACGUGUUUUUAUGAUCCUCAAUGUAGGAUCAUAUGUUAGGCUAGAGCGAUACCAAACCUUAUAGGAUGUUUUACUCUACAUUGCCGGAAGAACACAGCGUAGAUCCAAACUGAAUUGUUCCGUUUCACUAUUGUUUCAUUACAUGUUUACCACAGUUUUACAAUAGUGAAGCUGAAUAAUUCCGUUUGAAAUCGAGGCUAGGAUGAAUAUCCGAGAUCAGAGUAAACUAUACCUACCUACAGUUGAAGUCGGAAGUUUACAUACACUUAGGUUGGAGUCAUUAAAACUUGUUUUUCAACCACUCCACAAAUUUCUUGUUAACAAACUAUAGUUUUAGCAAGUCGGUUAGGACAUCUACUUUGUGCAUGACACAAGUAGUUUUUCCAAUAAUUGUUUACAGACAGAUUAUUUCACUUAUAAUUCACUGUGUCAAUUCCAGUGGGUCAGAAGUUUACAUACACUAAGUUGACUGUGCCUUUAAAUAGCUUGGAAAAUUCCCGAAAAUGAUGUCAUGGCUUUAGAAGCUUCUGAUAGGCUGAUUGACAUCAUUUGAGUCAAUUGGAGGUGUACCUGUGGAUGUAUUUCAAGGCUUACCUUCAAACUCAGUGCCUCUUUGCUUGACAUCAUGGGAAAAUCAAAAGAAAUCAGCGAAGACCUCAGAAAAUAAUUGUAGACCUCCACAAGUCUGGCUCAUCUUUGGGAGCAAUUUCCAAACGCCUGAAGGUACCACGUUCAUCUGUACAAACAAUAGCACACAGUAUAAACACCAUGGGACCACGCAGCCAUCAUACCGCUCCAGGAAAGAGAUGCAUUCUGUCUUCUAGAGAUGAACGUACUUUGGUGCGAAAAGAGACUAUGGUUUGCAACUGCACAUGGGGACAAAGAUCAUACUUUUUGGAGAAAUGUCCUCUGGUCUGAUGAAACAAAAAUAUAACUGUUUGGCCAUAAUGACCAUUGUUAUGUUUGGAGGAAAAAGGGGGAUGCUUGCAAGCCGAAGAACACCAUCCCAACCGUGAAGCACGGGGGUGGUAGCAUCAUGGUGUGGGGAUGCUUUGCUGCAGGAGGGACUGGUGCACUUCACAAAAUAGAUGGCAUCAUGAGGAUGGAAAAUUAUGUGGAUAUAUUGAGGCAACAUCUCAAGACAACAGUCAGGAAGUUAAAGCUUGGUCGCAAAUGGGUCUUCCAAAUGGACAAUGACCAGGACAACAAAGUCAAGGUAUUGGAGUGGCCAUCACAAAGCCCUGACCUAUAGAAAAUGUUUGGGCAGAACUGAAAAAGCGUGUGCGAGCAAGGAGGCCAACAAACCUGACUCAGUUACACCAGCUCUGCAAGAAGGAAUGGGCCAAAAUUCACCCAACUUAUUGUGGGAAGCUUGUGGAAGGCUACCCGAAACGUUUGACGCAAGUUAAACAAUUUAAAGGAAAUGCUACCAAAUACACUCAAUUAGUAUGUGAACUUCUGACCCACUGGGAAUGUGAUGAAAUAAAUAAAUCAUUCUCUCUACUAUUAUUCUGACAUUUCACAUUCUUAAAAUGAAGUGGUGAUCCUAACUGACCUAAAACAGGAAUUUUUACUAGGAUUAAAUGUCAGGUGUAUGUAAACUUCCGACUUCAACUGUACCUACACCCAUUCCAUUAGUAGACACCCAGGGCAUUUAAUACCUACCUACACCCAUUAGUAGAUGCCCAGGGCAUUUAAUACCUACCUACACCCAUUAGUAGAGACCAAGGGUAUUGUAUACCUAGCUACACCCAUUUCUAGAGACCAAGGGUAUUGUAUACCUAGCUACACCCAUUACUAAAGGCCCCUUGCCAUGACAGAGAAACAGGGCUGAGUAAUACCCUUAAAAUAGCAAGGUUAGGGAAUAUGCUUCACUCUACUCCAUCACCAUGCAUAAACUACUAGCUAUUUAAGGCUUAUGAGAACAUCAGUUUCUCUUUCUCAAAUUGUGGAUCUGUGUUAUCUGAUAAAAUGAGUAAACCCAAUUUAAUCUAAAGCUUUCCUUACAUGGAAUGAUGUAAUUGACGAAUAAUGAGAUGUGUGUGGAUGUGAGAUGUUUUAAAAGCGCACACCUGUCAAUCUAAAAGAGUUGAAAAGUUUCUUAAUGUGCAAUCCCAAAUGUUGCAUGUGCUAGGCAGAGGCGCAACUUUGGUUUUAGAAGUGUGGGGGGGGGGGGGGGGCAAUAAUUUGUUUUAUUUUAUCCAGUUGGAUAAACACUCCAAACAGCCUACCCGUCCACUCGGAGGCGUCCACUCGGAGGCGUCCGCAUGGUCCUAAAGCACACCGUUGCCUUGUUUUGAAUCACGCUCCAAUUAUAAAACUGAGGGGACAAAAAUACAAUUUUCCCAGUGAAAGUUGCGCCCCUGGUGCUAGGUUUAAAAAUAUGUGACGAAUACACUGAGUGUACAAAACAUUAGGAACACCUUCCUAAUAUUGAGUUGCACCCCCUUCUGCCCUCAGAAAAGCCUCAAUUCGUAGGGGCAUGGCCUACAAGGUGUCGAAAGCGUUCCACACGGAUGCUGGCCCAUGUAGACCAUUCUUGAUACACACGGGAAACUGUUGAGCGUGAAAAACCCAGCAGUGUUGCAGUUCUUGACACAACCUGGUUCGCCUGGCACAUACUACCAUACCCUGUUCAAAGGCACUUAAAUAUUUUGUCUUGCCCAUUCACCCUCUGAAUGACAUACAUAUACAAUCCAUGUCUCAAUUGUCUCAAGGCUUAAAAGUCCUCCCCUUCAUCUACACUGAUUGAAGUGGAUUUAACAAGUGACAUCAAUAAGGGGUCAUAGCUUUCACCUGGUCAGUCUGUCAUAGAACGAGCAGGUGUUCCUAAUGUUUUGUACACUCAGUGUAUAUAAAAACAGCCUUUGGAGGUUCAGAGAGGCUUUUGUGUUAUAACUAAAUUAGGUAAGAAGUGUCUCACAUAGCGUUUCUCUAAGGGCUUUAUUCAAUUUGUAUCGCUGACGUGUUACAGAUUGCGCUCAAAUUUUAAAGCUAAUUUCCUAUUGAGCUGACAUCUGCAGCGUUUACCAUGAAUGCAGUCUCCACUAACGUGGGAACAUUGCCUUUAAAUUUGAAUCAUGCUGUAACGAUGAACUUCCGCGAUACGGAUUGAAUAGAGCCCUAAGUUAUGUAGAGCUUUUUGAAAGCUGAAUGGUGUGGUGUUCCUUUACAAGACUAAAAGGCUGAGACACUUUACUGUGCUUACUAUGAUGGCAUCGUCUUUAUCAAUCAUGCUGCAUUGAUCUCUGAUUGAUUGGUUAGAAAUACAUCCUAUAUUUUAAUGUCACCCAUUCAUUUCACUGGCAUGGCAAGUACUGUACACAUUCACCAUCUCCUCUGCACCUGAUAUCUAUGGAAACUUGACAUGUUUUUUCUGUAUUUUAACUGUGAUGGUUUCGUUCUUUACUUGUAUAUUGUUUCACCUUUAUCACAGCAUAGGUAUUUGAAUUUUGUUUAAGAUAUACUACUGUCACUGAAUUAUCAUUUGUAUAAAAGUAUUGCUCUA